UAUGACAAUCUAGGAAUUGGCCCUGAAUAAAGUCAAACAUUAUACGAAACAGAAGACUUGGAAAAAUCUAUGAACACGUGAUGGCCUUAUCAGCCUGGCAGUGCAGUCUAGUGGCACCUGACACGACUGGUAGACUCACGUGAUUUGUGGAGUUGACGAUGAUGCGCAGCCAGCGCCAGUUGACCAGGCCCGGCUGCAUACAUGUACAAGAAAGUUAAAAUGGCUUUGAAAUCGCUGCAAAUCACAAAAGUCUGUUGUUGGAUUCUUCUUGUAUUUGUCAUUUUACUCAUCAGCCUUCCGUCAGUCUCCCGAAGCAAACCAUUGUUGAGACGCCCAGACUAUGACCUGCAGAAAAUCAAACAGGAGAUUGCCAGCUAUAAAGAUGUUGCCAACGAAAUCAUGGCCUACAUUGUGAAUGGCAGUGCAAAAGGACAAGUGUACAACAGACUUGCUCUUUUUACAGACACGUUUGGAAAUCGUCUUGUCGGCACCAAAAAUCUUGAAAACUCCAUAGAUUUUAUGUUGAAUGAACUCCAAAAAGAUGGCCUGCAAAAUGUCCAUGGUGAAGAAGUGGUGGUACCCCACUGGGUCAGAGGCAAUGAGUCUGCUGUAAUGCUUGAACCACGUCGGUAUAAUCUUAUCAUGUUAGGUCUCGGCAGCAGUGUUGGGACUCCACCAGAAGGUAUCACAGCAGAAGCUAUCGUAGUCAGUUCAUUUGACGAGCUGAAAAAACGGGCCAGUGAGGUUCCUGGUAAGAUUGUUGUCUUCAACCAGCCGUGGGUGAAUUACGGCGUGUCCGUUGCCUACAGAGACUUUGCCGCUGUCAACACAGCCAAAUUAGGUGGUGUGGCUAGUCUGGUGCGUUCCAUUGCUGCCUUCUCCAUCCAUAGCCCUCACACUGGUUGGCAGGACUAUUCUGACUCCAUUAAGAAAAUUCCAACUGCAUGCAUAGCUGUGGAGGAUGCAGAAAUGUUAGCAAGAAUGGCAGCCAGAGGCACAAAGAUAGUGAUACAAUUGAAGAUGGAAGCAAAGACAUACAGUCAAACAAUAUCACGUAACACUGUAGCUGAAGUCGUGGGCAGUGUGCAUCCUGAAGAGGUUGUGUUAGUGUCAGGCCAUCUAGACAGUUGGGAUGUGGGCCAGGGAGCGAUGGAUGAUGGAGGCGGAGCUUUCAUCUCCUGGCAGGCACUUUCCAUUGUCAAACAACUAGGCCUUCGACCAAAGAGAACAAUGCGCAUGGUUAUGUGGACCGGUGAAGAAGUUGGCGGGGUAGGAUCACUUCAGUACUAUCAACGACACAAGGCAAAUGCAAGCAAUUAUGAUUUAGUGUUGGAAUCAGAUAUGGGGACGUUCACACCAUACGGGAUAGAAAUAAGAGGAAGUAAUGAAACACUAGAAAUUGUCAAGGGCAUAGUGGAGCUUCUUGGACCAGUGAAUGCAACCACAUUCCGUAAGGGAGAGGACGGCUUGGAUGUGUCCUACUGGGAGAAAGACGGGGUACCAGGGGGCAGCCUGCUGAACCACAACGAGCACUACUUCUGGUUCCAUCAUUCAGAUGGGGACACAAUGUCUGUCCAGGACCCUCAUCAGAUGGAUCUGUGUGCUGCUGUCUGGACAGUGGUUUCCUACAUCGUGGCAGACUUGGACAACAUGCUCCCCAGAAAGUAAACAUUGGUGGGGUCACAUUAAUGUGUCAGUGGCUGUGUUAUCAACAACAAGUACAUCUACUCAGAAAGCAAGAGCCAUUCAGUUUGAGAUAAGCAGGGAACUAAACAAGACUACAAGAGUUGAAUUUAAUCUCCUGCAUUUCUUUGCCGGGUGAUAGUUACAGUCAAGAAUCAUCUCAAAACUGGAAUCAAAAUGUGCCCCCCUCCCCUUUUGGAGGCAGAAAGAAAUGGAAUAAAUAUCCAACAGUAGGCCGAUAUGCCAUGUUUUCCAAAGCAACUGAGGAAGAUUAAUGUCCCGUCUUCAAAGCACGCACAAACAUCUGGUUUUCUGUUCAUAGUUUUCUGUAAAAUUUCAGUGUCCCACAGGCAUAUCAGCUAAGAUCCUGCUUUCAUGUCGGGCAACUAUCAGUUUAUGAAGGGCAUUUUUUGGGGCGUGUCUGUGAAGCAUUUGUGGUAGUUCUUUCUUAUUAUAGUGUUACUGAUCAGGCCACUGGUAAACGUCACUUGCUGAAAUAUAUUUUAUAAAUCACAUCUAUAAAUUGUUCCCCAACUCAUUUGCCCCAUUUAAGAACAGCUUCAAGUGAAACAUUUGAGCACCUUUUAAAAAUAUGAACUACUUUUCUCUAGAGUAUUAAUUCCGAGUGCAAAACAUAUUCUACAAAUGCAUCAGUUUUUGUGGAUGGUUGCGUAAAGCUUUAUUGUAAGAAAACAUUUCUAACAAUCUUGUCUAUUUCAUUUUUCCCUAUGUAAACAUUCUGCUUAAAUCAUUGAGAAACAGAAACAGAAAAUUCAUUGAUACAGUGAGACAACUGCUGUACUUAGUUUGGCACCUUGGAGCAAAUGAACAGCAUUUGUUUUUCUCUACAGAAAACUCUGAAUUACCCAUGUAUAAAGUAAACUUAUCAAA